UUAUAACUUCAGAUUAACCUGGUUGGUUUGUUCUCCCGGAGACUCCGGCUGCUAACGCAACGUGCUCGUUGCACCCUCAGACGCCCUGCGAAGUAACUUUCCAGUGUGGAAAUCACACAGGGAGGGAACCGACCGAGAAACCAAUCCAGGCGAGGCCAGUCCUGCCCCACUCGAGAGAAAGGCUAAGAUUGUUCUUUCCCCCAAGCCGUCAAGCCACACUCUGCCCGGAGAGAUUUUGCCUCUCCUUUUCCAAUCACAGAACUUCGCUAGGACUCUCACCUUCUACAGGCCUUUGGGGUCCGCCUCCUUCCCCAGGCUUCUCAAAGAAAAGAAGGAACACCCAAGAGGCUGCUGCAUGAAUAUUUGCUUUUGGACCAACAGAAACUCUUCAAGAAUCAAAAAUGCCAAAACCAGUGAAUGUUCGUGUUAUUACUAUGGAUGCAGAGCUGGAGUUUGCCAUCCAGCCUAAUACUACAGGCAAACAGCUGUUUGACCAGGUGGUCAAGACCAUAGGUUUGCGUGAAGUGUGGUAUUUUGGUCUUCAGUAUGUUGAUAAUAAAGGAUUUCCAACCUGGCUGAAGCUUGAUAAAAAGGUCUCUGCUCAAGAUGUCAGGAAAGAGAACCCCCUGCAGUUCAAAUUCCGUGCCAAGUUCUUCCCUGAGGAUGUGUCUGAGGAACUGAUCCAGGACAUCACGCAAAAGUUGUUUUUCCUGCAGGUGAAGGAGGGAAUCCUUAGUGAUGAGAUCUACUGCCCACCUGAAACUGCAGUCCUCCUUGGGUCUUAUGCUGUGCAAGCCAAAUUUGGAGACUACAAUAAAGAAGUGCACAAGUCUGGAUACCUCAAUUCUGAACGUCUAAUCCCCCAACGAGUGAUGGACCAGCACAAACUCUCUAGAGAACAGUGGGAAGAACGGAUCCAGGUCUGGCAUUCUGAGCAUGGUGGAAUGCUCAAGGAGAAUGCCAUGCUGGAAUACCUGAAAAUUGCCCAGGACUUAGAAAUGUAUGGAAUCAACUAUUUCGAAAUCAAGAACAAAAAAGGGACAGAACUCUGGCUAGGGGUAGAUGCACUUGGGCUGAAUAUUUAUGAGAAGGAUGACAAAUUGACCCCCAAGAUUGGCUUCCCUUGGAGUGAGAUUAGGAAUAUCUCUUUCAAUGAUAAGAAGUUUGUUAUAAAACCUAUUGACAAGAAAGCACCAGAUUUUGUGUUUUAUGCUCCUCGUCUUAGAAUUAACAAGAGGAUCCUGCAGCUGUGCAUGGGAAACCAUGAAUUGUAUAUGCGUCGUAGGAAACCUGACACCAUUGAGGUCCAGCAGAUGAAAGCCCAGGCCCGUGAAGAGAAGCACCAGAAACAGCUGGAAAGGCAACAAUUAGAAAAUGAAAAAAAGAAGAGAGAGACUAUUGAGAAGGAAAAAGAGCAGAUGUUAAGGGAGAAAGAAGAGCUAAUAGUGAGACUGCAAGAGUAUGAACGGAAGACACAGAAAGCAGAAAAAGAGCUGUCUGACCAAAUCCAAAAAGCCUUGCUGCUUGAGGAGGAGAGGAAAAGGGCUCAGGAGGAAUCUGAACGUCUAGAGAAUGAGCGUUUGGCUGCUCUGCAAGCUAAGGAAGAACUUGAGAGGCAAGCUGCUGACCAGAUGAAGAGCCAGGAGCAGCUGGCUACAGAACUUGCAGAGUACACAGCAAGGAUUGCACUUCUGGAAGAGGCAAGAAAACGCAAAGAGGGUGAAGUUGAAGAAUGGCAGCACAGGGCUAAAGAAGCCCAAGAAGAUCUUGUAAAAACAAAAGAGGAGCUACACUUGGUGAUGACUGCUCCACCCCCUCCUCCCCCACCAGUGUACGAGCCAGUGAACUAUCAUGUCCAUGAUAAUCUUCAAGAUGAAGGAACGGAGUCAUCUGGAUACAGUGCAGAAUUCUCAAGUGAAGGCAUAUUAGAUGAUCGCAAUGAAGAAAAGCGUAUUACUGAAGCUGAAAAGAAUGAGCGUGUUCAAAGGCAGCUGAAGACACUGACUGAUGAACUAGCCCAAGCCAGAGAUGAGAACAAGAAGACCCAAAAUGACCUCAUCCAUACAGAGAACAUGCGACAAGGACGUGACAAGUACAAGACACUGAGACAGAUCCGACAAGGCAAUACCAAACAGAGGAUUGACGAAUUUGAAGCUAUGUAAAAGCACCAAGAAGGCAAGACUCUGGGAAAUGCAGAUCUUGAAUACUGACUUUUCUUUCUGAAGGGUCACUGAACAGACACACCAAAUAAUAUCCCCACAGCCUAUUUCUCUUGGAUGCUACCUGCUAAGUGUACAGGGGUUGCUGCCAGAGAAUAUCAGUCAAAUCUUGGAAACUUCAUAUUUGGCCAUAUCCUAGUGCCAAAAGGCCUUUCUGAUUUUGUUGUCCAUUUUUAAGAUUUGUGUGCUGCUUGUUACACUAUUUAACAGGCACUUCUCCUGUGGCAGACACAUAUAGACUGAAAAAAGUAAAUAAUAAACCUACUGUUAGUGUGGUGUGCCAUGUUUCUUGUUGCUAACCAUCACAAAAAAAUAGACUGACUACACAGUAUAUAGGGCUAUAAAAGCCUUCAAGGCUGCCAUGUAAUCUGCCCCCCCC